AUGGCUGAGCCUUUGUCUGAAUCUGAAUCCGUAGUCUUGACUUUUUGUGCUGGCGAUAAAUCUUGUUGUGAACUGAGUCAUGGAGUACUUAUACAGCAGUCUUCACAUAAACCUAGAACAGAUGUUGACCCCUGUGAAGCAUGGUGCAGUCAGCCAAUUGACAUAUUAAGAGAAUAUUGCAACAUUAUUAAAAUACGCAUCUUUUGGCCGCUUCUCUUCAAAAGUGAGAGUAAUUCUUUGGUAUCUGACUGGAGCAGUUCACAGGUUCUAGACCAGAAUUGGAGGAGACUCUAUGAUUUAGAGUUUUUGGAAGACCUUGUUGAUUUAAUUAAAAAAGUUGCUAACGUUCCAUCUUUUAUCAGUCGUAUACUGAGAAUUGGUAGCGGAAUAGAAAAUGGUUUCUUGGAUGUUGGCGAUGCUCUUGAUUGGGUCAGAAACAUAGGUGAUGUCAAUAUUCUGCAGAAACUGAAGAAACUUGGAGAUUAUGGUCGAAUCUGUCUUGAAAUUUUCUUCGUUGAAUGUAAACGUUAUAUUACUAAAGUUGCAUUAGAAGACUGUAAUUUAGUUGAAGAAUUUAAAGCUGUGACCUGUGAAAAUUGUAGGAAGAACAGUGAAUCUAUGAAACAGAAAGGAAAUGAAGAAUUUUCCCAAGGAAACUUCUAUUGUGCUAUAAUAUCAUAUACAAAGGCCAUAGAGUUUUGUCCUGCAAACCACCUUCUUUAUGGAAACCGGGCUAUUUGCUUAAUUCACACAAGACAAUAUAAGAGAGCCCUUACUGAUGGAAAGAGGGCCACUAUUUUGAAGCCGGAUUGGCCAAAGGGUCAUUACCACUUCUGUAAGGCUCUCUCCUUACUGGGGGAACAUGAAUUGGCUUUGGAAGCUAAUGAGAGAGGUCAGGAACUGUGCAAGAAUAUUCUUGAAGGACUGAAGGAUCUUAUACAACAAAAUGACAAGUUAAAGAAGACAAUAGAAGAAAUCAGUGGUAUUAAACACUAUAAGCAGAAACCGAAGAAAUCACUUCUUGGGGAAAAAGAUUGCAAUUCUUUAGAAUCUCAUUUAGUUGUUUCUCAAGAACAAAAAGAAAUAGAAAAAGACGAGAAGAGAACCCUGUCUGAUCUUAAAGAUCAUCAAUGUCAUCACAGACAUGAUAUCAGGGUAACGGAUACACAAAGAACAGAAAACAAAAAUUGGUCUUUGGAGUUUCUACCAGAUCAGAGUUACCAAUGUAAAGGAAAAUCAAAGAACAAAGCCAGUGAUUCUGAAAAGACAAAAGAUCACCUUGAUUUGAAGAUAGAGUAUAAAAGCCUCCAAGAUAAACUCAUUUGUACUGUGCAACAGGUGGAUUUAACUAUGUUACCAGAAAAGUUGACAUCUCUUGUUCAUGAAGGUUAUACAGCUUUGAUGGACCAAAGGUGUCGCAGUGCUGAACAAGCCUUUUCACAGUUACUGAGCAUGCUAAAUCCUUCAGAACUAAAGCAACUGAACCUUCGUGCUAUUAAUUAUGUUGUAAUCAUCUAUGGACACGCCACUGCCCUUCUUGGAAUAGGACAGCCUGAGGAACUGAUAAAGGCUGAAGACCAGUUUAAAAAAAUAAUUGAACAGUACCAGUCGGAAAGAUGUGAUUGUUUGGCAUACUAUGGAAUUGGAAGAGUAUACCUCAGACAAAACAGAUUUGCAGAUGCACUGGAUCAGUUUAUGAAAUCGCAAACCAUGGUUAAUCAUAAGAUUGUACCCGGAGUGUUAACAUGGCCCACAACAUCUAAGGUCAUUGAAGAGACACGGACAGGGAAUUUACAGUUGAUGUUAAAGAAUUAUAUUGAAGAAUGCAAGUUUCCUCCAGAACCAGAUGCAGUUUGCCGUUACCAGCAAUGCUAUGGCCACUCUAAAGUCCAAAUAUUUUUUACAGACCCUGACUUUAAGGGCUUUAUACGUAUUGCUUGCUGUCAGCAAUGUAAAGUGGAGUUUCAUAUCAGCUGCUGGAAAAAACUGAAAACUACAAAAUUCAGUGAUAGAAGCGAUAAGGAUUUUCUUCAAGAGUUAUGUUUCACUCCUGAUUGUACAGGCCUUAUUUCAAAAAUAGUUAUUUUCAAUUCUUCUGGUCUGAUAAAAUGUGAAUUUGAACAAAAAAUCUCAAGAACUAAGAAGCCUCCAAGGGCAAGUAUUAAACAGAAAUGUUCAAGUCUUAGGAAGCUGAAAAUGAAACAAGAAAAAAAAAUACGAAGAAAAUGUGCACGAGAAGAUGCACUGCAUUCUGCUAAAAAGAAAAUAGAAGCAAACCAAGUGGGAGUUGAGCCAUCUCAAUGCAAUGGUCACAGUGGUCAUGCUCAGUCCAUGUAUGCUGGUGACAGGAUCCUGCAGUGUAUUAUUCAGAAUGCUGAGAAAAUAAAAACAGCUGUUCUUGAUGUUUCCAAACUAUUAAAGGAAUUGCUUUCAUGGUGUGUUAUCAGUGGGGAGGAUUACAUGUCAUAUUCCAAAAUUACCAGCAUGUCACGUGAAGUGAUGGAGCAGCUCAUCAGUUACUUAAUUCAGGAAAAAAACAGAGUUAAAACAAGACUUUUUAUUCAUGUGCUAAGUGAACUGGAAGAAAUAGAUCCCAAAUUACACAAGUGGAUGAAACAUCUUAACAAUUUGGGCCUGAAAGCUACAAAGACCUUUCUCCUUCAGUAUGGGCAUUUUUUAAAAGAGCUUGAUCUUAGUAUUUUAACCACACUCUGGAAUGAAAAGUAUGGUAAUAAACUGGACUAUGUGAUGACGAGCUUUGAAGACAAAGAAAUCCUUGAUUAUUUCUUACAAGCGCCUUUAGAAAAAGCCCGUUGUUUUAUAUGGCUUUUAGAAGAUAACAGAGAAAAAUAUCCAUUUCUUCAUGAAGCUUUAGAUGAAUUCUUUGAUAAAAUGGGUGACCCUACCAUUAUAUUAAAGAAGCAGGAAAACGAAGAUAUGUCAACUAAUGGUAUCAAAGUUAAAAACAAAAACAGAAAAAAAAAAACAAAAGACUUACGGUCUGUUUUAGUGUUGUCCAGUGGAGUUAGUACAGCACCACUAGAAGAAGAAAAUAUAUUUAUAGAAGAAAAUACUUUAGAUUUUAUGAAUCUUUAUGAACCAUUUGUAAUCCCAGACUAUCUUCAAAUGGAGGAUUUUGAAGCUCUCUGUGAAGUUUCAAAUAGUAACAGUUACCAAAGUCUUUUGGAUAAUAACUUGGAUCCAACCUGUGAGAGUUUAUAUGACUACUUCUCUCAAAUCUUGGAAGCGCAUGGCCCCAUGGAAAUUAAUGAUAAGUUAUUAGUUGGAGAAUAUGAACAUUUCCCUGAAGAAGCUCGAAAAAUUGUUGAAGAUGCAGGUGGUCUGCAGUCUUUUCUUCUGGACUCUCUUCGCUUCGUUAUGGUGGAUAAUGUGGUUGGCUUAGUGAGGCAUGCACCUCUUAUUAAAGAACUUACAAAUCUGAACGAGACAGGAGAUAAUGAAGAGGGAAAUUAUAUGUGCUGUGAUACUCAAGGACAUUCACCUUGGAACAAAGUACAGUUAAAUCCAACUGCUAAGGAAUUCAAACCACUAUCUUAUACUAAACAACCUCAUAUUUCAUCCUCUACUGACAGAUCAGACACAAGCUAUGAGAUUCCAGAAAAUUUGGCUUAUUCAUUACCUGUUUCAUACGGAUCAAUGCAUUUUUUGCAUAGUCAGAAUAUGAAUACCAUGGAAAAUGAGUCUUCCUUUUCAUAUGCUGCAAAUACCGUAGAAAAUGAGUCUUCCUUUUCUGAAGUUUUACUGGACUGCCUUGAUACUAAAAAUCUUGAUGCAUCUUUGCCUCAGACUUCCCUAGGUUAUCAAUAUGAAGGAGUUUUGCCAGCACCUUUUCAAAUGCCUCUUGUUUCAAAUUUUGCCAAGCAACCUUAUAUUCAUGCUGAUCACGUAGCUCAUCAGGAUAAUAGUGAAUCAACAGUUACAGAUGAAAAUGUCUCUCAUAUUUUUAUGCCAACUGAAAUGCAAACAUACAAAGACCCCCAGUGCCUGCUUGAGAACUCGGACAACGCAGUUUCUGAAGACAACUUUGCUGCUGCAAAUAAUACGAAUGAAACUGAGCGUGACAAACCAGCUAUUAAAGUGGAGAAAGAAAGGAAAGGGAAACCUCUAAUGAAAAACAAUCCUCAUACGAAGGUGGCAGCUUUACAGGUAACUCGUGAAGUUGCUGACAGGGAAACUAAUACCUUGCCAUUUCAUCCAUUUGAAGUGCAACAGGGGGAUAUGCUGCGUAUGGAAAAAGAGCACCAGGUAUUAAAAGAACAGCUUAAAGAAGCACAGGAAAAAUAUGAACAGUUACAAAGUCGAAGCUCAGAGGAAAUCGGUGCUUUAAAAGAACUUGUGAAAAAAAGCACGGAAGAAAUAGAGAUAUCAAGGAGUGAACUGGAGUGGCUUGAUCAAGAUUUAGAAAAAAAGAAGAAAAAAUGGCAGCAGGAGAAGAAAGAAAAUCAAGAGAACUUAAAAGCAAUAAGGCACACAGUCAAAAAGCACACUGAUUCCAAUGAAACGUAUUCUAAAAACAUUGAUGAGAAGGAAAAGCAGUAUAAGCUGUACUUCAGUACAUACCUUGAGACCAGUAAUAAAUUUGCUAAUGAGAAAGUAAAACUGGAAGAACUUAUAAAAAAGAGCCAGGCUGACUGCCAAGAGUGGGUGAAGAGAGCUGUAUCAGCAGAGGUAUCAGUACUCAAAAACUGGAAGGAAACUGAAGUCUGCAGGCUCCACAGCAUAGCUGCCAACGGAGAAGCAACUCUCAGGGUGCUAAAGUCAGGGGGCAGCAGUUCAGCAUCAGCAUUACCUCAGCUGAAGUCACAGAUUGAUUCUUGGGAAACAUUUAUUUCGAGUAUUAAGAAACAAAUGGAAGAAGUAGAGGCUCAGUAUGAAGAAAAAAUUCAAAUGGUGAAAAAUGGUGCAAAAAACUGCCUCACUAAGAUGCAAGCCUACGAUCUUUCAUCUCCUCCCAGUGUCUUGUCGUGUUGGUUGCCUCCGGUCCCUGGGCAGGCAGGAAGCGGGUCUGGGUCCACACUUGCAGUGCCGCCCGUCACCAACGGUGACGUCGGAGCUCCUCUUGCUCCCGAAUCCCUUCCCCUCGCCGCCUCUUCCCAGGUGUCUUUCCCCGUGCGGUGCAGGAUUCUCAAGAGCCUUCUGAGGAGAAUGUGCAGCUGCUCUCAGUGGUCAUCCUCAGGUUACCGUCCGUUUGCAGUCUCGGCAGCUGGUCCGUCCCGUGCUCCUGGAAGGGCUCCCCAGAACGGGCAGCCGAGCCACAGCCGUCCCGGGGACGCGGCCGCACAGCCGAGGCCGCCCGGACUUCCCAACAACAAAACGCUUCCAAAAGCAUUCGAUACCAUCAUUGCAAGCCUACAGCCCAUUUUCCCAAAUUAUAGCAGUUCAGACUUUGUCAACUUCAUAAAAGAAGUACGAAUGCAAAAUGGAAACACGUUGUCAAGUCUGCGCUUGGAGGAGAUCCUUAGUCGGGUGACAGAACUCAUUCUGGACCAUCAAAAUAAGGCACCAGCUUCAGUGGGGGGAGCUGUGAAGUCGGUGUCUCCUGCGGCGCUAGGACAGAACGGAGCUCAAGCAGUAGCUGCAGAACAAACUGUACCCAGCCCACCCAAGGCAAGACCUAAAAGUGCUCCCAGUAAAAACCCGUAUCCAUCUCGGCCCAAUUCCCAGCCAUGGGGAAACGUUGGAGCAACAUCCAGAUCCAAAUGGAAAAAAUCAGAUGAUCUGGCCUCCGACGAUGAUCCUUGCAUAAUAUGUCACGAGGAGCGAGGCAGAGACUCGUGUGAGCUAGAAUGUGGGCAUCGUUUUCACAGAGAAUGCGUUGGAACGUGGCUUAAGGAACAUUCGAGUACCUGCCCCAUCUGUCGUGUUCAUGUUCUGUUACCUGAAGACUUUCCUGAACUUUCUGCACGAAACAAAUAUGUUUAA